AGCUAGCUCAUGGGGUUCUGGCUGUUGUCGUUCCCGCCCGUCAAGCCAGCAUCGCAUUCUUGCCCUCACUGUCAAGCCUUCACCAGUGACUAAAAAACUGAAAGUGCGCCUGCAUGUGGUGAAAGAAUCUGCCACUGGUCUUAAGACGCUGAAAGUGCACGAGCUGGGCCAUUUGAGAGAAGUCGAAGGAGUUUUUGACAAUGAGAAUGGACGCACCUUUAUUCUUGGUUUUGACUCGCUAUACAAACAUUCAGGGACUUCUUCAAAAUGCACAAUGCGCAGUGUAGAUGACAGGAACCGUCUCGUCAUCUCAGUUACCAUGCUUUGUAAGCUCUACCACGGUCGGACUCCGAAAAUGACUGGAUUCGAUGUUGUGGAAAUGCAGCUGUGGACACAGAAAAACUAAGUUGGUGACUGCGAAAAGACCUGCAAAACCACAAGCAAAUGCACCUUCAAAAGCACACUCGAAACUGCCAAGAACCUAUACGAUGAACGUGGAAGAUCAUUUUGAUGAGGACGACGACAAAGACAAUGAAGGGGAUGAGGAAACAGUGGAAAUUGAGAGUAAGAACGACGAGGAACUUACCUCCAAAUUGAGGAAGAGGAUAUUGAUGCUCUUCUUAGCAUGCAGGAAUGUGCAAGGCAUUGAUGAAGCAGAUGCUUUCUUUGAACGCUUGAAAAAGGAAAUGUUCGCAUUCGACGAUGCCAAUGUCCAUGAGAUUCUGGAAAAUAAGCCUCUUGUUGACGAGGUAACUCAAGAGCUAGACGAGACCCUUGCAGAAGCAGAGGAUUUGGAAGAGUGGCCGGGUGCUAUAUCAGUUAAAAUACGGCAUAUGCGUGAAGUUUCAAGCAGAACAGAUCGAAAGUGCUACGCAACACUGAAGUUGGCAACGAACGACAAAUAAACAACUGAUCGAAUGACGAACAGCGUACGAACAAGAGGCAGAGAGUGGGCGAACGACAGACAGAAACGAAGUGAAUGAGGGGUGG